CUCGCUCACACAGUCAAACUUAUUCUAUUGAUUUGCCGGCUCAUGAUCAAUUGGAAUUCGAAGGCAGCCUCGAGGCUCCAAACCAAGAGAUUUCCAUCAAAAUUGUGGCAUUUGGCGGUGAUACUGUGUGGCAGUGCCAUCCAUUUCAAUGUCACGUCGGAAGGGGUUUCGCUUUGACGGAAGUGGUUUCAAGACGUUUCAAGGCUUUAUCGGGAAUUCUCUGGUAUCUCCUUUCAUCUUCAGUGUCGAGGAUUGUGGGUUUUUCAAUAACUCCCCCUUUCCUUCUCGAACAUGCUCCGUCGUUCCGCUAACCAACUCCAACUUCAUUCCUUUCGCACAUCCAGAAGAAUACAUCCUCAAAUUCGUCGUAUGCACCCUUACGCUUUGGGCUUCGAAAACGCACCGGAAACACGAGUUCCAGUCGACCUCACCAUCCAUGGUUCAAUUCCUCCUUGGUUGUCCGGUGUCCUCUAUCGAACAGGUCCAGGAACUUACAGGAUACCUACUUCCAAUCACUCCUCAAAGACAGUCGAUAUUCAACAUUGGUUUGACGGACUCAGCAUGAACCACCGUUUCGAGAUAUUCCCAGGCGGUCAGAGAGUCUCUUAUCGUUCUCGAAAGGCAUCGGAGGACUACGAACAGCACAUCUCGGAGCAGGGAAAGAUACCCGGAAUUUCAUUUGCUCAACAGCCCGACAUUUGUGAAAGCAUUUUCAAGAAGUUCUUUACGGUUUUCCAACAGAUACGUUCCACUCCUACAUCAGGUGGUUCUCCCUCCAGCAUCAAUGUACAAGUGACAUUGACCCCGGAUAUGCCUGGCUGGAACAAAAUCACUCCAGACCUUUCGUUGUCUCACCAGACCUCUGGACCCCAGUAUAUCGUGGCCAAGACAGAUGCCGAAGGUCUUCAGCUGCUGGAUCCUGUUUCCCUCGAGCCUCUCUCCUCAGCUAAUUACAAAGCUUUGGAUACACGCCUUGACGGACAACUAAGCGCCGCUCACUCUUGUCGCGACAAAGAGACUGGCGAAUUUUUCAAUUACUCGUGUAAACUCGGUGGCCGUUUCCCCACAUACAAGGUCUUCAGAAUUACCCAGGACGGUUCUGUUGAUAUCUUGGCUGAAAUCAAGGAUGCGCCUGCUUCAUAUUUGCAUUCCUUCGCAAUGACCUCCAAGUACGUGGUGCUUACAGUAUGGCAAGCACAUAUUACAGGGUACGGCUUGUCAGUGCUGUACAAUCGGAAUAUCGCCCAGUCGAUCGAUAAGAAGUGGAACCCCAAUCUCAACACGUUGUUCUAUGUCAUUGACAGGAAGAACGGUGGCAUCGUCGCGAAGUACGAGACUCCGCCGUUCUUCUGCUUCCACCACCUGAACGCUUUUGAUGAUCCUCAAAACGACGACAUCGUGAUCGACAUGUCCGUCUACGAGGAUAACUCAGUCAUCGAUCUCCUCUACCUUAAUAAACUUCGAAACCUUUCCGCCGACAAUCCGAUGCUUAUGGGUCGUGCUCGUCGAUUCCGCUUGCCUGCCAUUACCUCUUCUCCACAGUCAUCGGAAAAUAGAACCCGCUCAGCUGUUGUCGACUUCACUCUAGAUCAAUCCGAAUCCAUUGAAUUACCGACCAUUCAUCCCACCAAAUACCAUCAUCCUUACCGCUACGCGUAUGGGAUCAAUAAACUUGACCCGCGUUCUCAUCACACUUUUGCUGACCGCAUCAUUAAACUGGAUACGGUCGGUCGCGAUCAUAAAUUUUGGGGAAUUCCUGGGUAUACACCCAGUGAGCCUAUCUUUGUGCCUCGACCCGGAGCAGGCUCUGAGGCUGAAGAUGACGGAGUAGUUCUCAGCGUCGUGUUGGAUGGAGAUAGGAGGAGAAGUGCAUUGAUUAUCUUGGACGCAAAAGAUUUGUCGGAGCUUGCAAGGGCAGAGAUGGAAAUCGCUUUUCCAAUUGGCUUCCAUGGUCUUUGGUCUCAAAAACUUUAGAUUUCGUUCGCUAUCUUAACUUAUUUUCUAUUUUUCACUUCGGGCAAUCCCUGUCCUACUCUGCUGAUAUAACUGUCAGUGACAUCGUGUGUAGAACCCCUUCGAGGAUGGUCGAUGGACCCAAUUUGAGCGCCCGGAAACGUGAACGCGGAAGAAUAAGAACAUAUACAUAUGAACCUCUGAUUCAUACAAUAACAGCUUGGCCAACGUACCAAGCCCAACAGGCCC